GUUCAACUGCGCGUCCGUUGUUGCUGACCCCGCCAUCUUGGCGUCUGUGGCCGCUUUUCUUCUCUGCCUUUGCUUCCGAAGUGCACGAGGUCCCGUCGCCUUGUGACUCGCUGGUGCCUGGACACCCAGCGUGAGGGGGCCGCUCACCCGGAGUCCCGAAAUGGGCUUGGUGUCAUUUGAGGAUGUGGCUGUGGACUUCACAUGGCAGGAGUGGCAGGAGCUGGAUGCUGCUCAGAGAACCCUUUACAGGGAUGUGAUGCUGGAGAACUACAAUAGCCUGGUUUCCUUGGGGCACUGCUUGACUAAACCUGAGUUGAUCUUCAGGUUGGAGCAUGGAUUUGGGCCAUGGAGUAUAGGAGAGACCUCACUCUGGAGUCUUCCAGGUGUUCUUGAAGUGUAUGCUUCAGAUAAGAGUUGCCUGGAAAAUCAGGGGAGUCAUGUGUGGCCAGUGGGAAGCAUCAGCAGGAAUCUGUCAAACAAAGAGAUGAUUGAAGCAGAAAUGAAGGUUCAAUUGGAACUCCAUCGAGGUAUAAAGCCCUAUGAAUGUAAACCAUGUAUGAAAUCGAUUAAUGUGCCAUCGCAGCACAACAAGCCGCGUGAAUAUUACUCAAGUGUGAAACCCUACGAAUGGAAGGAAUGUCAGAAAGCUUUCUGUUAUAAGUCAGCACUCACUGGACAUCAGAGAACUCGUACAAGAUUGAAGAUCUAUCAGUGUACAGAAUGCAGGAAAGCUUUUCCCUCCAAAUCAGAACUCACUGUACAUCAUAGAAUUCAUACUGGUGAGAAGCCUCAUGAAUGUGAAGAAUGUGGUAAAGCUUUCUAUCGUAAGUCAACCCUUACUGUACAUCAGAAAACUCAUAGAGGUGAGAAACCUUAUGAAUGCAAGGAGUGUUGGAAAGCUUUCUAUUAUAAGUCAACCCUCACUGAACAUCAGCGAAUUCAUACAGGUGAGAAGCCUUAUGUAUGUAAAGACUGUGGCAAAGCUUUCUUCUACAAGUCAAACUUAACUCGCCAUCAUAGAACCCAUACAGGUGAGAAGCCUUAUGAAUGUGAAGAGUGUAGGAAAGGUUUCUCCUCCAAGUCAGAGCUCACUUCACAUCAUAGAACUCAUACAGGUGAGAAGCCCUAUCAGUGUGAAGAAUGUGGUAAAGCUUUUUACUGCAAAUCAACCCUCCGUGUACAUCAAAAAAUUCAUACAGGUGAAAAGCCUUAUGAGUGUAAAGAAUGUCAGAAAUCUUUCUAUUAUAAGUCAACCCUGACUGAACAUCAGAGAACUCACACAGGCGAGAAGCCCUAUGAAUGCAAAGACUGUGGCAAAGCUUUCUUCUACAAGUCACAGUUAACUCGCCAUCAUAGAAUUCAUACAGGUGAGAAACCUUAUGAAUGUGAAGAGUGCAGGAAAGCUUUUUCCUCCAAGUCAGAGCUCACUGCCCAUCAUAGAACUCAUACUGGAGAGAAGCCCUAUGAAUGUAAAGAAUGUGGCAAAUGUUUCUGUCGCAAGUCACAUUUAACUCUACAUCAUAGAAUACAUACAGGUGAGAAGCCCUAUGAAUGUAAAGAUUGUAGAAAAGCUUUUUUCUGCAAGUCAGGACUUGCCCGACAUCUGGGAACUCAUACACAUGACACUAAUACAAAGAAUAGAGAAAAGCAUUUUCCUGCAACUCACAUGUCAGCCAAUAUCAGAAAUGUCAUACAAUUAAGAAACCCUGUGAGUAUAAAGAAUGAAGAAAAACUCUCUACUGUAAAUCAGUCCUCACUCCAUACCAUGGAUUUCUUACAGUUGAGAAGUCCUGUCGAUGUGCAUAAUGCAGGAAAACUUACCUUUGUGACUCAUGCCUCUUUCAGUAUGAAUGAACUCAGAUGAGACACACUAAUAGUGUAGAGAAGGCAAGAAAGCUUGCAGUCAACCAAGAUGACUUGACAUCAGAGAAUGUAGAAUGAUGACAGCAAAGAACAUGUGAAAACUGCCACAAGGGAGGCCUUCUUCAACAUCUGAAAAUCCAUACUGGUUGGUGUGUGACCCUGUCUGGAAAGAAUGUAAGAAAACUCUACUGUAGGUAUCUCACUGUGAGCAUCAUACAUGUGAAGAAGCUUAUGGAUUUCAAGUUUAAAAGUUUUGAAUGAUAAUUCAAAUCUCAGUUGAUAUGAGUAUACAUGCUAUGAAGAAUCCUGAGGAUGUUAAAAAUCCAACAUUUUAUAGUGUAGAAUAUUAUAUAUGUACUAACCAUGCAAAACAAACAUUUAAGGGACCUUGCUAAAGAACAUAGGAAAACUUGGAUAGUCAAAUCACAUUCUGCAUCAGAAAAGUUAUAUAGGUGAGAGACUAUGUACAAAUAAUAAUUUUGUCCUGUAUGAUACUUGUUUAUGUUCCAUGGUCAUUGAGAUAUUGCUAUUCAAGACUAGAAAUAUAGCCUGUCCAACUCUGGUGAGCCUGGAGUGGUAUAUAAUAGCAUGUAUAAAAUUUUAUGUAGUUCAGAAGUGGUGCUAAGGUAUGUUGGAUGUGACUGUGACAUUGUACCUGGUAGGCACUGUCUUUUGUGGGACUAUUAAAGUCACUGAUGCUCUGUGUUUUCUUAUUUUCAUCUGGCAAGAGAAAAGAUGGUGGAUCUUCUCAAAGUCGUUUUAAUUGGACAGUCACUGCCAUAGGAGUCAAGAAAUUAACAGUACUUAUUUCCCAAUCCUCAUAGAAAUGACGGUUUUGAGUGGUAACCGUUAUCUCAGAUUAGGAACACGUGAGAGACCAAGAUACAUGGGGUUUUGUACCACAUUUUGCAGAUAUACAAAGUAAUUUAGACCAAUGCCUAAGAUAACGAAUGAAGUGAGUGUUAAGAGCCAGGAUCAAAUAUCCUGUCUGAGCACAGUGGUGAUUUACACUAGCUUUGCACCAUUUUAGUUGGGCCAGAUACACGCAGUUUGAGGUCAAGGGACAGUGCUGUUUGUGACUGAAGGGAGAAUAAUCUUCAGUACCAUUUUUCAACUCUGGCAGAAAAAAAAUCUAAAUAAUUGUGUCCUAGGUGUCUGUCCUCUGAGCAAAGUAGCUGCCAUCUUGGGAAAUUCAGCUGUACCACCUUGCAAAAGCUAAUCCCAGCUGGGCUUGUUGAUGGUUUAUAGCCUCCUCCCCUCCCCUCAGUAGCCAGCUGCUCCCUAUCAACUGGCAAUUCUAUAGACUGCCUGGAGAAAAGAUUUAAGACAGUGUGUGUAUGUAUUUGUUUCUAUAUAUAUGUGUGUAUGUGUAUGCAUUCCAGGGAAGACUAGGGAAGGCACCAUAUUCCCCAUCUAUGCUGUUUGGAGGAAACCCAGUUCUUGCUAGGUAAAACUUUCCAGAUGUGGCCCAUUAGGGAUGGAGAACCCACACUCUUGGAGGUAACCCUCCAAGAGUUUUCUCACUCCGUAAGAAAACCAAAUAAACUCAUUGGUUUAUUUGGAACUGGUUUGCCUUUAGGACCUUAGGCUCUUAGAAGAGGUAGACACUGAUUAUGUCUCCCCCUGGAAGGAAUUUAUAACAAUAUAGGGUCAUCAUUAGAUGAACCCCCAGCCAAGAUGAGGCAGUGGCAGCAUAAUAUGAAUGCUCCUAUAGUAAGUUGGAUGUUCAGGAAUUCAGAACAAUCUUUUUUUCUGCUAUAUUCUCUAAAUCCAGUCUUUCUCGCCUUUCUCCAUGUUACUUACUGAUACUCUAAUAGAGAGAGUAUGUAGUGCAAAAAACUUCUGUGCUUAGAAAAUUCCGUGCUCAGGUUGAAUUAGGGUAUGAGGUACUGAUUUGUAAAGUUAACCUGAGAUAUGCUAUAGUAUUACUAUUUACCUUAAUACCUUCCAAGAAUUUUAGCAAUCCACCCUGACUCACUGGAGUGAGAAAAUAAGAGGGAGACAAAUAAGGGUUCCAGUAACUCCCAAGUAGUGUAUUGAAAAUGAGUUCAGUUCAGCAGUCAUCUGGGCCUUGAGUGGGCACCCAAGCAUGUGUAUUCAUCAGUACUGUGGUGGCACAGUGUCUUCUCUUUACAUGCCACCUUUCUCAUUGACCUGGCAAUUCUGGAUCAUUGAAUGAUUAUGUGGAUAAGGUGAUCCUGGAGCCAAAGCUUUUGGAGGAGGAGUAUGGCUAAGGCUUAGGAAGAAGUCUCAAAACCUCAACACAUAGAAAAACUCCCUUCAGAGAAAGCAGACCAGAGAGUAUGCUCUGGUGCAUAUUGUCUGCUUUAUCAGAUGUCAUCUUGACAAGAUUCAAACCAGCCAGAUGUUAAGGUGCCUGAAUACACAGAAGUGUAAGGUUUUUACUGACUUGGAGUUAGUUUCUAGUGUUAGUAGAUUAGAGAUAGAAUGUGUCCCUGCUAAAUAGAAAAACUAGUGGCCAAACACAUUUUCUAUGUGAGCCCACAUUUUCCCAGCCUUUGAUCAGAGAUUUAGAUUUAUGAUAGUUCCCAUAUUUUCUUUUAGAGCCAAAGCCUGGUGUAUACCCACACAUUUUCCACACACAAGGUCUGGGAAAUAGUGCAAAUGAUAGCAGGUGUGAUGGCAGUGAUGCUGGGGUGGGAGUUAGGGGUGAGAUUUGGAUAGACCUUGGCUGCCUACCUUCCUCCAAUCUUACAUUGGUUUCAUAUCUGCCCUUGGCAUUGGGUACAGGACCAUCUCUUAGCCACCACAGCUUAAGCUCUUACAUUCCAAACUUAUUAACUAAAUGUAGUUCUUGUAUACAACUACCAAAUGUUUUGAGAAUCACAGUGAAUGGAAUAUAAUAAGUGAGUCUAUGUAUGACAUACUCAUUGAAAAAAAUGAUGGAAGGUGCUAAAUCAUACAAGCAAGCUUUUGACUGUUUUCUCCAAAUAUCAGACUAUACAAACUACUCCAGUUGCCAGAUACUUGAAUUGCAGGGAUAGGAGUUUGCACUUGUGAAGGUACUCUCUAAAAGAAAUACUUUGUAGAUAAGUGGGAUUGAUUCCUGCACUCUAGUUGAACAAAUUGUAAAUAAAAUGAAAAUGCUCGAGUAAGCAUUGUCUGCCUGUGUAUAAUUGGGAUCAUUAAUGUGAAUGUAUAGUUAUUGUACAUUUUAAUUUCUUUGUGACUGUUUUUGUUUGCACUGUGGGGUUUUAACUCUUUGAACCAGUAUUGCUGUAUAUGGACACUAAUUUCUGUAUUGUGUCAUUGGUAUAAGAAUGUCAAAUACAUUCGUGAGCUUCAUUUUCCUAAAUGAAUAAUUUAAAUACAGUAUUAUUUGCCCUCUUCCCUUUCCUUCCUCCAACAUUUCCUUUGUAGUCCCUUGCUCUUUUAAAUUCAUGGUAUCUUUCUCUUUAACUUUUGUUACUGAUGUGUAUUCCUAAAUAUAUAAAUACAGCCCUUUCAGUCUACUA